AUGGAUUUUAUUCACACAUCAGGUGUCCUAACUAUACAGCAUCUGCAGAACAACUACAGAGAGUACGACAGCUUCCUUAGCUUCAUGUCAAGAGUGGGUGAUCCUCGUAAUAUUUUCUCUGUCUAUUUCCCGCUUUGGUUCCAUCUGAGUCAUAAUGUUGGUACCAAGAUGAUAUGGGUGGCUGUUGUUGGGGACUGGUUCAAUCUGAUUUUCAAGUGGAUUCUGCAUGGGCAGAGACCUUAUUGGUGGGUUCAUGAAACCCACUUGUUCCAGAAUUGCUCAAAGCCUCAUUUGGAUCAGUUUCACAUUACCUGUGAAACGGGGCCUGGUAGCCCAUCUGGUCACGCCAUGGGCUCAUCAUGUGUGUGGUAUGUGAUGGUCACUUCUACUCUAAACUUCGCCAGGUCCUCCUGCGCCUCCUCUGCCUGGAGUUCUCAAAGGUUUUAUCUCUUGAGGUCCAUUUUGUGGAUGGCUUUCUGGUUUGUUCAAAUUAAUGUUUGCAUUUCCAGAGUCUUCAUUGCAACACACUUCCCUCAUCAGGUUCUCCUUGGUCUCCUCAUUGGCAUGCUUGUUGCUGAGGCAUUUGACCAUAUCCCCUGGAUCUAUAACGCUACCCUUAAACUUUACCUCCAGGUCAAUGGUUUUCUUCUCUCGUUUGCUGUGUUCUUUUAUUUACUCCUAAAGCUUCUGGACUUUGAUCCUUUGUGGUCAGUCACAAAAGCCAAGAGUUGGUGCGUAAAUCCAGACUGGAUCCACCUAGACACCACGCCGUUUGCCGGACUUUGGAGGAACCUGGGUGCCUUAUUCGGUCUGGGACUUGCAUUGAACUCAGAGAUGUUUAUUCAGAGCUGUAAAGGGAAGAACAGCUGUAAGAGUAUAUUUAAACUUAUGUGCAUGACAGCUAAUCUUACCUUUUUGCAGCUGUAUGAUCUAAUCAAGAUGCCGACUCAAAGCGAGUUUCUGUUUUACAUACUCUGCUUUUGCAAAAGCGCUUCAGUUCCUUUUGGCGUCAUUGCAGUCAUACCUUACUGUGUUCAUGUAUUAAUCAGAGAUGAUGGGAGAAAACUCAGGUAA